UCAAAUAUUUCGGAAAAAAUAGUUUGUGUGAUAUUUCUAUUUUCUGUUGUGGCAGUCACAGUGUUUGGGAACGCCAUGUUGAUUUUCAAAGUGGUGAGAAGAGCUGGUUUCAGUAGAAAAAUUAAUGUGUUUGUGAUUUCUCUGGCAGUCGCUGAUUGCUGUGUUGCUGUUUUAGUUAUGUUGCCCUCUAUUUUUCAAGACUUUAUUGACCAUUCACUAUUACAUGGAAAAUUGAUCAGAAAGAUCGUUUUUGCUCUUGAUUGCAUGUUUACCACAUCAUCAAUUCUACAUUUUACUUGUAUGAAUAUCGAUAGAUUUGUAGCCGUGAGUAAUCCGUUGAAAUAUUUUCAAAUAAUGACAGCAAGACUAGUGUCAUUGUUGAUCAUACUUUGUUGGAUUUUAUCAACUGGCAUUUCAAUAACUAUUGUUCUUCUAAAUUCAGAAUAUGUUGAAUGUGAACAUAAUCUAAUUGUUGAAGGAACAGCGUCAGUGAUUGGAGCUUUAAUUGCAUUUUACUUGCCACUAUUAUUAAACAUUGUAGCAAGUGUUAAAAUUCUUCUGAAAGUUCGUGACAGAAAGAAACUUCUGUGCAAUGAAAUGAAAGAAACAGGCAGAGCUCUAUGUCGUCAGCAGCAUAAACUUGAGGCAAGUGUUACCAGAACAAUUAUGAUAUUACAGGGAAUAUUUUCGGUGUGUACAGCACCAUUCUUCUUGCUUCUUCUUUUUGUGAAUGUUUUUGGAAUUAAAACCUCUUACACUGCAUGGUUAGUGGUGGCAUGGCUGGGAUAUUCCAAUUCAACCAUAAAUCCGUAUUUGUAUUAUUUCUUGAAUAAAAGAUUCAGGAAUACAAAUAAAGUUAGUCACACAAGGAAAAUGCAACUUGGAAGCAGAGUUUAAAUUUAACAUAAUGUUCUAACUUUUUAUGUACAACAACACGUAUAAACAUUACACAUG